AUGUUACUAUCCAAUCUUGGGCGCGUUCUCAUCCCGGCGCUGUUGUUCCUCGUGCACCACGCCGCGAGCCAGGCUUACGACUAUGGCUUUGAUCUCAGCAAGCUGGCCAGUCGACAGGCCACGUCCUCCCCUUUCGUCGUCAAGGGUCUGCCUCCGGUCAAGGGCAACAUCCCCGUCCGUCAAGAGAUCAGACAACUGCAGAAGAGCCCUGAAAAGUGGACCUUGUACAUCCUCGGCCUCAGCAUGAUGCAGUAUAUGGACCAGUCAGAUCAGCUAUCGUGGUACCAGAUUGCAGGUAUCCACGGUGUCCCUUUCCAGGACUGGGAUGGAGUCAAUCCGACUCCUGGCAAUGAGAUGAGCGGCUAUUGCACACAUAUCUCUGUCCUUUUCCCUACCUGGCAUCGGCCUUACCUUGCCCUCUAUGAGCAAGUACUGUACAGCUUAAUCCAGCAGAUUGCCUCCUACUACGAAGGAGACGAGCUCACUCUCUACCAGAAUGCGGCAGCCAACUUCAGGAUACCUUACUUCGACUGGGCGACUCUUCCACCUGCCGGAGAGAGCUUGCUACCCUUUAGUGUCGGUGGCAGCGCAACAGUCAACGCGUCCGGCCCCAACGGAGUCCAGACGAUAGCCAACCCUCUCUACACAUAUCAGUUCAAGCCUCUCAACUCGACGGCCUUCAUCCAAGCACCGUAUAAUCAAUGGCUUACGACGGUACGAGCACCGACCAGUGACAAUGGGACAGCCAAGUCGAACGACACAAAGAUUGCCCUUGCUCUCGAUCGAAACUUCCCCUCUUUUCAGCAACGCUUGUAUAACCUUUUCUCAAACUACGGCAACUAUUCAACCUUUAGCAACGAAGGCUGGAUCCCAGAGGGGCAGGAGAACCAUUAUGAUUCGAUCGAGUCGCUUCACGACACUAUCCACACGCUCACAGGCCUGGGAGGACACAUGGCAUGGAUCCCAUUCUCGUCUUUUGAUCCGAUCUUCUUCCUACACCACACGAUGGUGGAUAGGGUGUUUGCCAUGUGGCAGGUUCUAUAUCCGACUUCUUGGAUUACCCCGACGCCGGCUGCAACAAACUCGUACACUACCAGUGAGGGCCAGAUACAAGAUGCGCAGACACCGCUUACACCCUUCUACGCCAAUACUGAUGGGACGUUUUGGACAUCGGAUGCUGUCAGAGACACCCAUGUGUUUGGAUACAGCUACCCAGAAAUCGCCGGGUUGAACCACGCGCUUCAGAGGCCGAAUGCCAGGGCCCAAGCUAGGGUUAGAGCAGCUAUCAACCGACUAUACGGUGGUUCGAGUCCCGCGAGCCUGGCCAUUGGCAGUGCGCGCAAACGAGACACCAACGGCCGAGUACUCCCUGCCGAUCCUAGGAGUGCUCGAAAGUACCCAGUAUACCAGCCUUCGAAACUCGAAGGGCGGUCAUGGAUGGGAUCGCCGUCUUCACCGCGACUCCCCCCAGCGGGCAAGAUCAUAACAGACAACAAGUAUCGCGAGUGGACAGCAAACAUACGUGUAAUCAAGCAGGCGCUCGAGGGCCCAUUCUUCAUUCACCUCUUCUUUGGUGACCCCGUCUCACCCAACCCCCAGGCUUGGGCCUUUGGGCCAAACCUUGCCGGGACUCUGAGUGUGUUUGCCUCUCCGCCCAUGCCGGGUAUGCAGAUGGGCGGCAAAGUUACCUCGGGAACAGUGCCCCUGACGUCGGAGCUGAUGAAGAAAGUGACCGAAGGAGAGAUUGAUUCGCUGCAUCCCGAGGUAAUAGAACCUUACUUGAAGGCCAAUCUCAAGCUUCGGGUUGUCAAAACGGAUGGGGCGGUUGUCGAUCCGGCCACCGUCCAAGGGCUGAAGAUUGGCAUUGUGAGCUCCGAAGUCAAGGCCCCGGCGAGUGACGAGGAGCUCCCGAGUUGGGAGGGGCAGACGGUGCACUUUGAUCUCAUAUGA